AUGCCUCGAAUCAAGGCAAUAACAACAGGCUCGGUCCCAUCAUUCUCAGAUGUCAUGCUCAACAUUGCCGAGUCUGAGAGGAUGUCGACACUUAUUCACCAGGAUACUAUUAUCACUCAGCUUAAAAAUGGUCUUCCUGGGAAGCUGCUCAUGUAUGGGGAUGAUACGUGGUUGAACUUGUUUCCUGAUACAUUCGACCGAUUCGAUGGGACGAGUAGCUUUUUUGUUUCCGACUUUACCGAAGUGGACAAUAAUGUUACAAGACAUGUCUCGCCGGAACUCGCACAAGAUGACUGGUCUGUCAUGGUACUCCAUUAUCUUGGAUUGGACCACAUUGGUCACAAAGCCGGACCGAAGAGCUCCCAUAUGAUUCCGAAGCAGAAAGAGAUGGAUGGUGUUGUUGAAACUAUUUAUAAUGCAAUGAUCUCCGAAAAUCAUCUAGAUUCCACUCUUUUGGUUCUCUUAGGAGAUCACGGAAUGAAUGAAGCAGGAAACCAUGGGGGUUCAUCUGCAGGGGAAACAUCGCCGGCAUUGACUUUCAUAUCUCCCAAAUUGCAAAUUUACGCAGAGAACGCGGAGCCCAACGGCCGAGACAGCCCUAUCGAAGCUGAAGAAUUCGAGUAUUACCGUACUGUGGAACAAUCAGAUAUCACGCCAACGUUGGCGGGACUUUUUGGCGUGCCUAUACCAAUGAAUUCUCUUGGAGUCUUUAUUCCGGAGUUUCUCAGCUUAUGGGGAAACGAAGUGGACAGGUUGACCAUGCUUCUAGAAAACACCGUGCAGAUUCAAAAUGUGAUCAAAAUGGCAUAUCCCAAAUUCAGCGCUAAUGGCGACAAGAUCAAUAAGGUAUCAGGCGCGAACGGUGCCGAGCUAGGAUCCUCUGCUCUAGAGAGACUAGAAUACGAAUUCAUAGCAGCCGGGUUAUCCAUGUCGCCCGACGAAAAAUCUACAAUGACGCAUUACAAGUUCCUUCAUUCAGCGCAGAGUCUGAUGAGCGGUGCUGCUAGCAGCUAUAAACUUUCCAUGCUAUAUUCUGGCACUUUGAUGGCAGCUAUUGCGUGCUUUGCUUCUGCUGUUGUUGCAUAUUACACUUUAUCGACGUCUCGACACUCUCCUACGGGAAUCCUGUUUAUCACCUCGAUGCUACAUGGCGCUAUGAUUUUUGCUAGUAGCUUUGUGGAGGAAGAGCAGCAAUUUUGGUAUUGGAUUACCACCGCUUGGGCUGUUUAUAUACAUUUGAAAUCGACUUCAAAAUCGGGGGCCUUUACACUAUCGAUCAAAAACGUUAUUUACUCGGUUUCCUUCGCGGCAGCCGGUCGCUUAAUACGCCGAUGGAAUCAGACGGGUCAGAAAUUCGCAGGCGAACCUGACAUUGUCCGAUAUAUCACUUCUUCUCAGCCCAAACUACUCUGGGCAUUGUUACUUCUUACAUACGUGGUGAAUAGUCAAUCUAUGAUUCGAUCAGCGCCUUUCAGAGAUAUAUUUGGCAAAUCGUUGUGGACGUUCCUAUCUAUCGCGGCAUCCUUCGCAGCCAUCAUCUUCAAGGUGUCUUUCACGGCAGCUGAUGCCCCAGAAUUAUUAGAUCCUAUGAUGCUUAGGAUUACAGAGUGGGGUUUUCAGUCUUCACUUGUCUUUCAAGCUSGAGCCGUAUUUAUCAGUAUUGCUCUUCUUGUGUGUGUUUUUUUUAUCAGCACUUUCACAUCACCGAUUGCCCAAAAUGCAGGGCGAAAACGACUUCUUCAUGAGGCCAUUACUUUGUUCCUCAUCACACAAUCACGGGCAACGAAUAUUCCCCUCUUCCUACUAUUCAAGGUCCAAGCUUCAAUCGUCGAGCUACUAGACAUGAACAGCAUAGAAACAACACUGAACUUGAUUCUCAUGCAACACGUCGCAUUCUUCGCUUUUGGCGGAUCAAACGCAUUAUCCUCCGUCGAUCUCUCGACUGCCUACAAUGGCGUCAGCGAUUACAACGUCGGCGUCGUCGGUUUAUUGACAUUUGUCAGCAACUGGGCAGGACCGAUAUGGUGGAUGUCAGAAACAGCCAUAAAUCAGCCUCGUAUGACUCGGACAGAGGCAACGAAUCGAGUAGCGCUGCUAUCUUUUAGUACGACGAUGGAGUUGUUGGCUGUCAUGGCGGCCUGCACCAUGCUCAGAACUCAUUUGUUUGUCUGGACGGUCUUUUCGCCCAAAUUCUUGUAUAGUAUCGCGUGGGCGUUGGCAAAUCAUCUUGGUAUGAACUUGCUGGCGACGUAUGGCCUGUCUUUAUAA